AUGAGGUGCGGGGGCACGGUUGGUGCUAUUUUCACUUGUCCACUCGAAGUCAUUAAGACAAGACUGCAGUCUUCGAAAUUAGCUCUGCGGACAGUCUAUUACCCUCAGGUUCACCUGGGGGCCAUUGAUGGAGCUGGAGUGGUGAGACCAACAUCAGUGACGCCUGGACUUCUCCAGGUUCUGAAGUCGAUCUUGGAGAAGGAGGGACCAAAGUCACUUUUUAGAGGCUUGGGUCCAAAUUUGGUUGGAGUUGCACCGUCAAGGGCUGUGUACUUUGCAUGUUACUCCAAAGCCAAAGAGCAGUUCAAUGGCAUUUUCGUGCCUAACAGCAACAUUGUGCACAUUUUCUCAGCUGGCUCUGCAGCUUUUGUCACAAAUUCCCUAAUGAAUCCUAUAUGGAUGGUUAAAACCCGGAUGCAGCUAGAACGGAAGGUGCGCGGCUGCAAGCAGAUGAACACGCUCCAGUGCGCGCGCCACGUGUACCAGACGGAAGGCAUUCGUGGCUUCUAUCGGGGAUUAACUGCCUCGUAUGCAGGGAUCUCAGAAACUGUCAUCUGCUUUGCUAUUUAUGAAAGUCUGAAGAAGUAUCUGAAGGACGCGCCAUUCACCCCCUCUGCAAAUGGGACUGAGAAGAAUUCCGCAAGUUUUUUUGGACUCAUGGCAGCUGCUGCUGUGUCUAAGGGAUGUGCCUCGUGUAUCGCCUAUCCUCACGAAGUGAUCAGGACGCGGCUGCGGGAGGAGGGCACCAAGUACAAGUCUUUUGUCCAGACCGCUCGGCUGGUCUUCCGGGAAGAAGGCUACCUUGCCUUCUAUAGAGGACUCUUCGCCCAGCUCAUCCGGCAGAUCCCAAACACGGCCAUUGUGCUGUCCACCUAUGAGCUAAUUGUGUAUCUGUUGGAAGACCGUCCUCAGUAACAGGCCCGAAACUUGUGCUCCGGAAGAAUAAAACUGAAAAACUCGAUACAGAAUUUUUUUUUCCCAUUGAUGUUUAGAAUGUUCGAGGCCGAUACAGGAAAGGCCAUAAAAUAUGUGGCUCAGUCACCUGUUGGACAUUUCCUUUUGGAUUCAUGUUUUCUGGAAGGUUUAAAUUCAUUAACGUUAAUAGUUAAUUUUAACUUUUGUUGUUGUUUUUUUAAUUUAAGAGGAUUCAGGAUUAAGCAGCAAGUAAAUUAAAUCAUGCUAUUUAAUUUAAGUAUAA